AUGCCUCACGCUCACCGCGCGCUCCUCGUCCACGUCAUCCCCUCUGUCACCUCCGUCCCAAAUCCUACAGGGAAGCGCAUCCCUACUGGGGAAUUGGAGAGGGAGGUGGUGGAUUUGUAUGUUCAGGAUUUGAGGUUGAAGGCUCAGAAAGUGAUGUAUCCAUUUAAAAGGCUAUGCCCGAGUAAAAAUGUUGAUACUUUGGUGUUGAAUGGACAGAGCCCUGCGGCUGCGCUGCUGAGGUUUUUAUUGGAGUCAGGGAUGAAGAAUUUAGUGCUGGGAUCUUCUUCUUUGGGUUGGUUUAGAAGGAUACUUAAGGGUCCAGAUGUGCCUACUACUAUCUUAAAAUCAGCUCCUGAUUCUUGCAACAUCUUUAUUGUUUCUCGGAAUAGGCUUACAAUGAAAGUUGCUACGGAAUCAAUGAUAGGGAGUAGCAUAAAUAUGCAAAUACAAAAAGUUAGUCUAAAAGCAUUUACCCAGAAGGAAUGGAACUGCAUUUUUAAUAAAAGUAUAUCUUCUCAUAGUGCAGUCGAUCCUGAAAUAUUGCAUUUAUCCGUACCUUCAGAUCUUGAUUCAGAUUCUCAAGUCUUCCAGGAUGGCAGUGCUUCUAUCACGUCUGGUGGGAAUUCAGAAACUGCGCUUAUAAUACCUCAAGGUUGUCAGAAGAAUGGAGACAACCUGGGCAAAAAGAUUCUAGAUUUUCAAACAUUAAGAAAAUAUGAUAAUUUAUCUCCAUAUAAAGAAGUCCCUUAUGUCAUCAUGAACUCAGAAGAUCAGGCUGAAGCUCCACAGGAAGUAGUUAGACUGCGGAAAGAAUUGCAAAAUACUCUGGCAAUGUACAAAAGAGCUUGUGAAGGCCUGGUUCAUGCUAAGAAAAAGGUUGCUUUGUUAUCCACUGAAUACUCUGAAGAUGCUAAAAAGGUGAAAGAUGCACUGGAAAGAGAGGAGAUGUUGAAAAGGAUAGCUGAAGAAGAGAAGGCCAAACAUUUAGAAGCCAUCAAAGAAGUUGAGGAGGCAAAACAGUUACUCUCUAAAGAGGCAUUGGAUAGGCACAAAGCUCAAAUGGUUGCCUGUGACAUGUCUUCUGAGAAAUUUAAAAUCUUUGAUUCUCUAUUAUCAAAUGGAAAAAAUUGUCGACGUUACUCGAAGAAUGAAAUUGAGGUUGCAACAGAUAACUUCUCUGAGUCAAAAAUGAUAGGAGAGGGAAGUUACGGAAAAGUAUACAAAUGUAACCUCGAUCACACUCCAGUUGCUAUCAAGGUUCUUCGCCAAGAGACGCAUGAUAAGAAAGAGGAAUUCAUAAGAGAGGUUGAAGUUCUUAGCCAAUUACAUCAUCCACACAUGGUCUUACUGCUUGGGGGCUGUCCUGAAAAUGGGUGCCUUGUAUAUGAAUACAUGGAGAAUGGAAGCUUGGAAGAUAAACUAUUUUGCAAGGAUGGAUCAAAUCCUCUUCCCUGGUUCGUUAGGUUCAGGAUUAUCUUUGAAGUGGCCUGCGGACUUGCUUUCUUACAUGGAACAAAACCUGAGCCUAUAGUUCAUCGUGAUCUCAAACCAGGAAACAUAUUGUUAGAUAGAAACUAUGUUAGCAAGAUAGGAGAUGUUGGAUUGGCCAAAUUAAUAUCAGAUGUAGUUCCUGAUGGAUUCACUGAAUACAGAGAAACUGUUCUUGCCGGUACUCUCUUUUACAUGGAUCCAGAGUAUCAGAGAACAGGUACAAUUAGACCCAAAUCAGACUUAUAUGCCUUAGGAAUUAUUACACUACAAUUAUUGGCAGCUAGGCACCCAAGAGGGUUGCUGAUGAAUGUGGAAAAUGCAAUAGAAAGUGGUUCAUUUGCUGAUUUACUUGACAAAUCAAUAUCAGACUGGCCGCUUCUAGAGGCAGAGAAGUUAGCGAAGCUUGCUGUAAAAUGCUGCAGGCUAAGAUGCAGAGACAGGCCAGAUUUGGACUCAGAAGUACUCCCUGAACUGGAGGAGCUUUGCAAAGUGGCUAAUGUUUGUUUCAAGUUGAGACAAUGCAAUGUUUAUGCACCGAGCCAUUAUCUAUGCCCAAUAUUGCAGGAAAUUAUGGAAAAUCCCCAUAUUGCUGCUGAUGGAUAUACUUACGAGUAUAGAGCAAUUAAAGCAUGGCUUGGAAAACACAAGAUAUCUCCCGUUACGAAGCUCAGGCUUUCACAUACCUGCAUAAUCCCAAACUACUCUUUGCUAUCAGCUAUACAAGAAUGGAAGUCAUCCUCUGGCUUACAACAUCCUGAGAAAUGAGAUUGCUCGAUACAUGAUCAUACUCCUGUAACAUUUCAACUUCCUCCGAAGUUACGGAGAGCUUGAUUAAUUUAUGAUGCAAAUCUAUCAUAGUACCAGCAUGCUUGAGAAAUUUCUGUGCCUUUCAGAUAUUAUGACUUGCACGGCAUGUUGAAUUGUAUAUAACACUGCUGAUAAUGUAUAGAGAAAAUUCUUCUCUGGUAGAAGAGAUUACACAUAUUUGCGAGUAUGUGCAUAUCAUGGUUGUGUAUUCAUCAGUGUGAAUGUGUCAGAGUUGUGCAGUUUUCUGGACCAUGUCACAUAUUGUUUAUAUUAAAUUGAUAAGUUAUUAUCUUGUUGAUGCA